CUUCAUUGUUUUGGUGAGGAUUUGUCCUUGUUGGGGUCACGCACAGCCCCCUCAAGCGUUCAAUCAAUACAAACGAGCUUCUUCGUACUCCCCGCAAUAUGCCGCAUCAGAGAUUUGGCGUAGCUGCAUGAAGCAAGCGGCUCUCGUUGACCGCCGCAACCCCACUCUCGGCAGACGAUAAGUUGUGGAGUGACAGAAUUCAAGGCAGUCUUCGUCAAUUCCCUCAAACCUUCUCUUUCCUCAUCGUCAAGGAUCCUCACGGUUUUCAACACGAUGUUGUCCCAAACUCUGACAUCGUUAGCUCUCUUAGUCGAUGUUACCACUGCCAGCUAUGCUUUCUAUGUUGGCAAGGCAUUGACUGAGGAUGGCAGUGUGAUGGUCGGCGGUACAGGCGAGGAAGUGUCCUCACAUUGGCUUGAGAUCUUUCCUGCGAAAGAUUAUCUUCCCAACGCAACCGUCGAAGUCGGCGUUACAGAAGAUGCUUCCAUGCCUGGUCGACGGCUGAACAUCUCACAAGCCGCCCACACAUUCCGCUACCUAUCUAUGGAGUACUCCGAUUACGAGGGCUUCCCUGCGCCACUUACUAAUGGCGGCGUGAAUGAGAAGAGUAUUGCUGUAAGAGACGUAUGGGCACAGAACAGGGACGAGCUGAUUGCUAUUACGCCCAACCCUCAGACAGGCUUGCAGUACUCCGAUCUAGCGCGAGUUGUGAUGGAGCGAGCAAGUACUGCACGUGAGGGCGUGGAAAUUAUCGGACAGCUGAUCGCUGAGUAUGGCUAUGCAGACUAUGGCGGCAACAGCCAUCUCAUCGCCGAUGCAAAUGAGGGCUGGGUGGUGUGGGAGAUGUCAGGAGGCCAGAAGCUCUGGGCUGCUGAACGUCUUGGUCCAGACGUUGUUCGCGUUCUGUACCCUGGCUACAUUGAGGAAUUUCCAGUCGACUUCGCAAACAGCACAGAUUACAUGGGCUCGCCGAAUAUCGUCUCUUUCGCGGUCGAGCAGGGCUGGUGGAACCCCAAUGGCACGGAGCCCUUCAACAUCUGGAAAGCGUACGGCACAGCGAGCGGCAACUACACUGCAAGAGAAGGCGGAUACAAAUACAUGUCUCAAGCAGCCCUAGAAAAUGCCACGCUCGCCAUGGCUCCCGUCUCCGAGAAAGAUCUUAUCGAGCGCGUGCGCGACUACCGAAUCGCCGACGACGAAGCAGGCUACGGCCAAGUCGUUUCUCUGCACACAGACAUGGACCCAGACCUGAUCCAAAUAUGGGUUGCACCUACGGGAUCUGUAACGGCGCCGUUCAACCCAUGGUGGCUCGGGGUGAAGAGCGUACCUCCGGAGUAUGGGCAGCAUCGUUACUUGACCGCAGACGCAGCAUCGACGUUUCUGGACCCGGACUUCCAGUACCAAGAAGCCACGUACUUUGCAGGACGCAUCUACAAACAGGCCUUGUACUACACCUGCUCUGAUCCCGAGGCCUUUCUGCCAAUUGUACAGAACAUGCUGCAUGGAUUCGAGAAUGCUUCGUUCAGCGACUUAGCUUGGAUCGAGCAAAGCGCAAAACUUUUGGUGGAAAACGGUCAGCGUGACGAUGCGCUUGACUUGCUGACUUUCUAUGCGCACACACGAGCUGACAAGGCUCUGGGCCUGGGCAAGACAAUGGUGGAUGCACUGGAUGCGUACAUAAAGCUGAUGGGUCGGUUCCGUAACCCAUCCGGUUCGCGGAUCAACGAUCCAGGCCUUGGAGCAGAGACGGUCAAUUGUCUAGUGGGAUGGGAUCCAGAUCAGCCUGCUGAGCAACAGACACCUUUGAGGAGGAGAAGGUGAUGUGUGGUGGGAAACAACGACAUAGAAACACGUGGCCAGUCGAAAGGCUCAUAUCGACAACGUCCGGAAGGCAAACAUCAAAAUCCGACCCGUCGACAUUCUUAGCCCC